GUCAAGAGUACAAUUUUCUGAAGAUGGAGCCUGGAGAAGUAAACUCACUCGGAGAAAGAUACGACUUUGACAGUAUCAUGCACUAUGCCAGGAACACCUUCUCAAGGGGGAUGUUUCUGGAUACCAUUCUCCCCUCCCGUGAUGAUAAUGGCAUACGUCCAGCAAUCGGUCAGCGAACCCGUUUAAGCAAAGGAGAUAUCGCACAGGCCAGAAAGCUGUAUAGAUGUCCAGCAUGUGGAGAAACCCUACAAGAAUCCUACGGCAACCUUUCCUCCCCAGGAUUUCCAAAUGGCUACCCUUCCUAUACACACUGCAUCUGGAGAAUUUCUGUGACCCCAGGGGAGAAGAUUGUUUUAAAUUUUACCACAAUGGACCUAUACAAGAGCAGUCUGUGCUGGUAUGACUACAUUGAAGUAAGAGAUGGGUAUUGGAGGAAAUCACCUCUCCUUGGUAGAUUCUGUGGGGACAAAGUAUCUGAAAUUCUUACUUCUACAGACAGCAGAAUGUGGAUUGAGUUUCGCAGCAGCAGUAACUGGGUAGGAAAAGGCUUUGCAGCUGUCUAUGAAGCAAUCUGUGGAGGGGAGAUACGUAAAAAUGAAGGACAGAUUCAGUCCCCUAAUUAUCCUGAUGACUAUCGGCCGAUGAAAGAAUGUGUGUGGAAGAUAACGGUGUCCGAGGGCUACCAUGUCGGACUGACCUUUCAGGCCUUUGAGAUCGAAAGGCAUGACAACUGUGCCUAUGACCACCUAGAAGUUCGAGAUGGAAUAAGUGAAAAUAGCCCUUUGAUAGGGCGUUUCUGUGGUUAUGAUAAACCUGAAGAUAUAAGAUCCGGCGCUAACACCUUGUGGAUGAAGUUUGUUUCUGAUGGAACUGUGAACAAGGCAGGGUUUGCUGCUAACUUUUUUAAAGAGGAAGAUGAGUGUGCCAAGCCUGACCGUGGAGGCUGUGAGCAGCGGUGUCUGAACACACUGGGCAGCUACCAGUGCGCCUGCGAGCCUGGCUAUGAGCUGGGCCCCGACAGGAGGAGCUGUGAAGCUGCUUGUGGCGGACUUCUUACCAAACUUAAUGGCACCAUAACCACCCCAGGCUGGCCCAAGGAGUACCCUCCUAAUAAAAACUGUGUGUGGCAAGUGGUCGCACCACCCCAGUACAGAAUUUCCGUGAAGUUUGAGUUUUUUGAAUUAGAAGGCAAUGAAGUUUGUAAAUAUGAUUAUGUGGAGAUCUGGAGUGGUCUUUCUUCAGAGUCUAAGUUGCAUGGCAAAUUCUGUGGUGCUGAUGUGCCUGAAGUGAUCACAUCUCAGCUCAACAAUAUGAGAAUUGAAUUCAAAUCUGACAAUACUGUAUCCAAGAAGGGCUUCAAAGCACAUUUUUUCUCAGACAAAGAUGAAUGCUCCAAGGACAAUGGCGGGUGUCAGCACGAAUGUGUCAACACGAUGGGAAGCUACAUGUGUCAGUGCCGUAAUGGAUUUGUGCUGCAUGAAAAUAAACAUGACUGCAAGGAAGCUGAGUGUGAACAGAAGAUCCACAGUCCAGGUGGCCUCAUCACCAGUCCCAACUGGCCAGACAAGUACCCAAGCAGGAAGGAAUGCACAUGGGAAAUCAGUGCCACCCCCGGCCACCGAAUCAAAUUAGCCUUUAGUGAGUUUGAGGUUGAGCAGCAUCAAGAAUGUGCUUAUGACCACGUAGAAGUAUUUGAUGGAGAAACAGAAAAAUCACCAAUUCUUGGACGACUGUGUGGCAACAAGAUACCAGAUCCUCUUGUCACUACUGGAAAUAAAAUGUUUGUUCGGUUUGUUUCUGAUGCAUCGGUUCAGAGAAAAGGCUUUCAAGCCACACAUUCUACAGAGUGUGGUGGCCGAUUGAGAGCAGAAUCAAAACCUCGAGAUCUGUACUCGCAUGCUCAGUUCGGUGAUAACAACUACCCUGGACAGGUCGACUGUGAAUGGCUGUUAGUAUCAGAACGGGGCUCUCGACUUGAAUUAUCCUUCCAGACUUUUGAAGUGGAAGAAGAAGCUGACUGUGGCUAUGACUAUGUUGAGCUCUUUGAUGGUCUCAAUUCAACAGCUGUGGGGCUCGGUCGAUUCUGUGGACCUGGGCCAGCAGAAGAUAUCUAUUCAGUUGGGGAUGCAGUUUUAAUUCAUUUUCACACUGAUGACACAAUCAACAAGAAAGGAUUUCAUAUAAGAUACAAAAGCAUAAGAUAUCCAGAUACCACACAUACCAAAAAAUAACACCAAAACCUUUGUCGGAACAUAAAGGAAUGUGCAUAAUGGAGAGAAGGCGUAUUUUUUUAAAAGUGCGAUAUUAGCACAAAUGUUUUAUAUGAAUUUGAACAAAAGAAAACUGUGAGACCAAAUUAUCUCUGUCUGAAAGAGAAGUUUCCAGCUGAUCAGCGUUAUAAGAACAUUUGAGCUCCAUGCUUGCUGGAAUUACUAAAGCUGGUGAAAGGGCAUCGCGUGCUUCAGAGACAACUCUACAAGCUUCUGUUCACAGCUUGAAAUAGAAGACACAAUUCAGACAGUUCACUACGGGGGCUGUGACCCUGCAGACUGUUCUUUUAAGACAAAUUUUCAAGAUUUGGGGACAUUAAAUGAUCUUGCAGGUCAUAAACUGGAAAACCCUCUUCUUGUGUCUUAGGAUAAUUGUUUUGACUUUGUAUCUUGGAUACAAUUUAAAUCAGAUUCAUAUAAAGUGAUGUGAAAUGGGAAUCUUUUGAGAGUGGUUUGUACUUUUAAUGUGUGUGUGUGUGUCUGAAGUUUGGAAACUGGAAUAUUUCAGCUUCAUGAUUUUCACUUGCAGGCCAGUUUAACCUCUUUGAAACACAAAUGAUCUUGAGACCACUUCAUUGUACCUACAUUUUGGCAAAUUUGAAAUGUGAAUAAUGUCUAUUAUUGCAGUUAAAUUCUAGACAUCAUUUAUUUAAGUACCAGAAAAACGCCCCGUUAAUUGGUAAACUCAGUUUUUUCUGUGGAAGUGCUGCCUUUUCACACCGAAUCCAAGAAGCCUGUGAUGUCUUAUGAACCUUGUGAGAAAACUCCAAAGAGGAGUGGGCAGGAUUCUUCUAAAUGUCCACCCGGAUGCUUCAUGUUCAAGUCACUGCUGCUGCUACUGUCUUUCUUCUGGUUUUGAUCAGUUAUUGUUGUAUCUAGUAUCGUUGAUGUUUUCAUGGUUAAUGUAUUUUUUAAAAAAUGAAAUGAAGUAGAAAUCAGCCUUGUGAGGGUUGAAAUAUCUUUUUUUUUUCUCUUCCUGGGACACAUUGUUUAAAAAAUGUAAUAUUGGUAAAGAGGAUUUGUUUCUGAAAGAUUUCCUGUGGUGCUAUUCCAUAAACAUUUUCUUCAACACGUUUUUGACCUUUGAGCCAACCGCCUGUAGACUAUGAAUGUCUCCCUAUCCUUGGCUGGUGAUUUGAUGACUUGUUGAAUAUAUCAAGAUGUAUCGCUGCAAGGGUGGCACUUGUCCUGUGGAACAACUACUUAUCAUGCCUUAGAAUUCUUGAACAUGAUCAAACAGAUCCUCCUAGAGACAGACACGUCUUCUGAAAUAUUGAACACAAUAGCGUAUGUUAAUUAGUAGCUCUAUGAUGAAUAUUCAUUUCCAUGACUGAAAAAUUGGAUAUAAAUAUAGUGACCUACUUUUGUUGCAGAAAAUGUAAUUUUAAAAUGAAUUUUCUCCUUUAAAGCCAUGUGUGUUUUUAAUAUUAAUGUAUGUAUAUGUGAGAUUGUUUGAAUGAGUAAAACUACAGGAAGAUGGUUGAAAGUAACGGAUGGUUGAAAAGUUCACAUCUAUGUGCCAAGUUCUACUAGAAUCCUGUGUGACAUAGCACCUCUCUUAGGUUUCAUGGACAAAUAAUGGGAACUUCUAAUUAUUGUCAAUCCCAUUUUAAAAAGGCUGUUUCCUUUAGAUAUUUUUUGCUAUUUUUGGCGUUGAUAUAGAGUGCUAUUUGAAGUAGAUUUGUUUCUGUUACUUGUCCAUGAACAUUCAACAUUUAAUCAAAUUGGGUUUAUUUCUUCAUUUUUACAAAUCCAACUAUACACACAGAUGUAGCUUUUUUUUUCUCCUUCAUUUUGCCCUGAAAAAUCUUUACUUGCAUAUGAAUUGUAAAAUGUAAAUACACUUUUAAAAACAAUGUGUUGAUCUUAUCGAAUGCCACUUUGGAGAUAUAUAACUAUUGCCUGCAAAGUAAAUGAGCCUUUUAGUGGAGCUGAUUUAUUCCAGCAAUUUCUUCCAUAUUUUUUAACUAAUGUCCAAUUAGCCAAAAUAUCCCAGGAACAGAGGAGAGAAGAACAAUAGAUUAGCCCCUGUAGUGCUUUCCACUCCUCCUCGCCUGGUGUCACGCACAUGCACCAGCUCUUUCUAAACUCCAUACUACGCUUCGAGGACUGUCCUAAAGUUCUUAUUUUGUAGUCCAGGAACUAGGGCUCAAAGAAGUUAUGUAACCUUCCUAGGGCCACAGUAUAAAGCUAAAUGUUGAAACCCAGCUUGGCUAAUAUCAAAGUCUGUGCUGGUUCUACAAAAUGCAGUAGAACCAAUCUUGACGUAUAUAAUUAGUAGAUAUUUUUAUAAUGAAACCUUUCCACAUAAAGUAAAUUUUAGGGGUGAAUUAAAGUAAAACCAUCAGGAUAAACAUAUUAUUCCUUUCAGGAACAGCAUGAGAAUUAGAAUAGAUAUCGAUAAGCACCAGAAUUAGUACUAGAAAUUUAAAAAAAAAAAAAAAAACACCUAUAGAUUGGAGUUAGUAUGGACCUUUUGUUAAAAUAAAUAUGUUAACUUAUUUGACCUGACAUGGAAGGGAGAAUGUAGUGUUCUAUUUUAAGAAACACUCUGGAUAUUCCAGUUGACAGCUUCUUAGUCCACAAUGAACUGUGCUCAACACAACUGGGUAAUUAAAGAGGGUAUUUAGAACGCAUACAGAGGUAUUGUCGUAACUUUAGGUUUUCAAGGUGAACAUUAAUUUUUAUUGUAUCGUAUGUCAAUUAUCAGUUUACUGCAUUUUUUUAUAUUAAUUCAACAUUUGCCUUAAAUGUGUUGUUGAAUCUAAAUAAGUUUCAUUGUUGUUUUGUUAAUAAUUGUCAGUUACUGUUCUAGGCAUUUUAUUAAAUUAAUUUUGUAAAUUAUUUUCAACCCUUACAUGAAUAUUUUGCUUGUGUUUUAUAUUUGCCAAAGUUCUAAUUCCCAUAAAAUGCUCACCGAUUACACUCCAAAAAAA